CAUGCCUGUUUCGUCUCUGUUCGGAAACACUCGGCCUCUUUCCGGUAAUCUCGGCAACUCCCUAGCAGUUCGCGUUCUCCAGUUUCGGGGGAAUGAGCUCCGAAACUGUUUUGACUCUCGGAAGAAACUAAACAGAACUGUCUCGCAGUCUGCUACCCCAGGGGAGCAUGGAUUUCCUCUAAGGACCUGUCGUUGAGAGCACUGCAUGGGACCACUCUUGUUUCCCUUUAGAGUUCCGCGCAGUCUGGCCCAGCCUCUUCCCAGUACCUAGCUGCCUCCGGCCUCUAGCGUGCCCUGGAAAACCCUCACUAAGAUCCCUGGAAGCUUUUUUUUUCUGUCGUCAGGGCUAUCUCGAAGGGGGAGGAACCUUUCCAGAUAUUUGUGUCCUCAGCCUCCCCAGGGAGACAGUGCUUAUGGACCUCCACUGGCUCACCUUGUGUGGGCAUUAUGCCUGAGAGCAAGGGCCUUGUUCUAAAUAAAUACUUGACCUUCGGAUUUGCCUGCUACAUACAUUAAUUAGCGCAUUGGGUCUGACGCCGAUGUAAGGGAGCUACUGUGAAACAUGUAUCUCCGCGCCUUAGGUCCACUCGCCAGUAGACUACGCACACGGGAGGCCCCAGAAAUCGCGCGUCCAGAGAAAGGAACUCUUAGCAUCCGCGCAGCUGUAAUUUCCUUCCUUGCAGCACUCUGGCUGCUGAUUCUCUGCGCCCCAGAGCUCCUUGGUGUUUUGUCUGAUCCUGGGGUUUUUGUCUGAUCGUUGUUUCUGAUCCCACCUGUGCCCAGCUGGUGCGCAGGAGGCCCCGGGAGGCGGACACUGAAUAGAAGCAACGGCCGACUGCCUCCAUUAUGGCACCUUGAAGUUGGACCGUGUCAAUCCUUGAUAGACAGGGGCCCUAGGCAGCCAUAUCUGUGCGCCGGCUGUCCCGGCACAGGCCUCAGAGCCACAAGACCGCAGCACAGAACUUCGGCCAGGACACCCGGGGCCUGGCUGGUUCGUGCACGCCAGCCCAGCUCAGGUGACCAGGCAGGCGCUGGGCACACCUGGCUCGGUCCCCUGACCCCGCCCCAGGCGACCGCACCCCGGAACGCUCUCAGGGAGCGGCCGGCGGCGGCGGCUGGGCAGGGCCAUGGCGGCAGCGCCGGCGGUGUGCGCCUCGCAGGCGUCCCCGGCAGGAGCUGCGUCCCCGCCGGCACCCGCGCCCGCUCCAGCGGCCGGCCUGGGUCGCUGCCGCAUGGCGCUGCUGCUGGCCGUGGCGCUGGACGUGGCGGGCAUGGCGGCUCUGCUGACCGGCGUGUUCGCGCAGCUGCAGGUGCGCGGCCGCGACUUCGGUGACCUGCUCAUCUACUCAGGCGCGCUGCUCGUCUUCCUGAGCCUGCUUGGCUGGAUCCUGUGGUACACCGGCAACAUCGAGAUCUCGCGCCAGGAGCUCGAGCGCGACUACGGCCUGCGGCCCUCGGCGCUCGCCCGCCUGGCGCGCAAGCUGUCCCGCCGCUGGUCGGCGCCCGCCGCCACCGGCUCCCGCACCGCACGCGGGCCCCGCGGAGCGCGCCGAGCCGUCCGCGCGUCCCCGCCGCCCGCCGCCGGCUCCCGCCGCGUGCGCCUGCAACUGGCCACGCUCGAGGCCGGGCCCGGGACGGUGGGCACUGGCAGCGAGUGAGCCCCAGGUAACCCCAUCGGUCAGGACCCAACUGAGAGGAGCCCCUGUCCCCUAUGUCAGCCGGCCACCAGGAUGACUGUGUGUCCCCUUCUGUCCUCACUUGGAUAAAUGGCUCUACCUUGCAGCACUGCUUGCCUGUCUGGGAGAGGGACCUCACUGCCGUGAGGUGGAAGGAGCAUGCUUCCUGCCAGAGCUGGAGCCUGGCCACAGAGAGGCUGCCCUUGGCUUUGGGGGCCCUGCAGCCAUUGUGGAUCUAGAAGCCCCACUUCCACAGGGAACAGGGAGUGGGGCAAGGAUCUUGAACCAGACCCACCCACUCAGCCCAAUCAGAAGCAGACACAGGGACAAACUGAACUUGCAAGGUGUUCACUGGGGAAGUACUUGUAGAGGCCAUGGGUACAAGUCCUACACCUCAGAAGAAGGAUGGCUGCCUGGGUAGGAAGAGCCUCCAACUGCAGCACACUUCCAAGAAAUACCAGUCAGCUGGUAGGGAGUCUGGAGGAGGCCCACCCCAGCCUCUUGCAGGCAUGGGUGGGGUGUGGCACACAAGUGGGGUAGGGGUGGGAGUCAAUCAGCUGGGCUCCCUGCUAUAGGAGAGCUGAGGAGCACAUUUCUGUGGCUGUACAUGCUAUACCCUUGCCCAGCUCUGGCCCCUGUCAACAAUCAACUCCCAACUCCCUCGUUUCAGGCUCACCUCACCCAGCACUCCCUAGCCUAUGACUCCAUCAACCCAGGAGCCCCCCACUCAGUCCAGACCUUCCCCUUCCCCCAGAGCCUCUCAUUCCAGACUCCUUCAGCUCACAGCCAAGUCUCCACUCUGCCUGGCUCCCCCUGAAUUUUGAGCCCCAGGCUCCAUCAAGCACCCUGAGCUACCUGUUCCCUGUGGCUCCAUAGAAAAAAGAAGCACGUCUAAGCUGGGCAUGGUGGCAUACUAUUGUAUUCCCAGCUGCUUGGGAGGUGUAGAUAAGGAGGAAUGCCAUCCAAGGCUAGCUGGGGCAAAAAACUUAGUGAGACCCCCCCAUCUCAAUAAA